AUGCCUCUUUCAGAUCAUACCCCGCCAUCCUUGAACGGCGAUGAUAGCAGUGCGUCUUCCGAUCCCGCGUGGGUGGUGCAGAAAUUCGGCGGAACCAGCGUGGGCAAGUUCGCUCUGAAAAUCGUGGAUCAUAUUGUGCUACCAAGUGUGGCCGAACAAAAAGUAGCCGUCGUAUGUUCCGCACGCAGCAGCUCUUCCAAGGCCGAAGGAACCACCAAUCGCCUCCUACGAGCGGCUCGAGACGCCCAGAAUUCGAAAUCCAAGACCUACGAUAUUCUAGUCGAGGCCGUGAGGCAAGAGCACGUGGAAGUGGCCGAACAGCAGAUAAAAUCGGUGGAGCUUAGAGAUCAAUUGAUAUCACAGAUCAACGACGAAUGCGCUCAUGUCCUUAAAAUCCUGGAAGCCGCCCAGACUCUCGGAGAAACAAGCGCACGAUGCGUCGAUAAAGUGAUUAGCGCCGGAGAGAAGCUCAGCUGUCGCUUCAUGGCCAUUCUUCUUCAAGAUCGUGGAGUAGCCUCGGAAUAUGUGGAUCUGUCUGAUAUAAUAGAUUUUACUAUAAGCAAUGGAGGUCUCGACCAAGCGUUUUACGACCAACUCGCAAGCGCGUUGGGUGCAAGAAUCCGAGCCUGUGAGUCACGAGUGCCUGUCAUUACGGGGUAUUUCGGACCGGUCCCGGGAGGUCUGCUCGACAAGAUCGGCCGAGGAUAUACAGAUCUCUGCGCCGCCCUGGUCGCCGUGGGCGUCAAUGCCAGCGAGCUUCAAGUCUGGAAAGAGGUCGAUGGCAUAUUUACGGCAGACCCUCGGAAAGUCCCGACAGCCCGUCUUUUGUCUACCAUCACACCGGCAGAAGCGGCCGAAUUGACAUUCUAUGGCUCCGAGGUCAUCCACCCAUUUACCAUGGAGCAAGUCAUCCGCGCGAGGAUACCAAUCCGUAUUAAAAAUGUCAUGAACCCAAAGGGAAAUGGCACUGUCAUCUUCCCUGAUUCAAAGGCAGAUCUGGAGCGAUUAGCGACUGGGCAUGAGGAAAAGCUGUUUCGCUCAAGAAGCGCCAGUGUUUUGUCGGGCCAGGUCCAGGGGCCCAAGAGGCCGACGGCGGUCACUAUCAAACACAAAAUCUUGGUUAUCAACGUGCACUCCAAUAAACGAUCUCUAUCUCACGGGUUCUUCGCCGGUAUAUUUUCCGUCCUGGAUCGAUGGCGACUUUCUAUCGACUUGAUCUCUACCAGCGAAGUACAUGUUUCCAUGGCCCUUCACUCUGAGAUGCCGCUUCUUAAUGGCAUUGGUCGGGACGAAUACCAGAUUAUCGACGAAGAUUUACGCGGCGCCAUUGAAGAUCUAAGGAGAUAUGGAACCGUGGAUAUCAUCCCAGAGAUGGCCAUUCUGAGCCUGGUUGGCCGGCAGAUGAAGAAUAUGAUUGGGGUCGCUGGCAAGAUGUUCUCCACCCUUGGGGAGAAUAAUGUCAAUAUUGAAAUGAUUUCGCAAGGCGCGAGCGAAAUCAAUAUCUCGUGUGUGAUUGACGAAAGAGAUGCUGACCGUGCCAUUAAUAUCCUGCAUACGAGCCUUUUCACCUUUUUGGAAUGA